CACCCUCACAUAAUCCGGGGCCCUGCUUCUUAUACCCCACCAGCUUCCCUGCUGAACCCCGCAACCAACCCCCUUCGUUCCCCGCAUUGCAGUGUCGACCAUGUUCAAGCUUCCAGCCACCCCCCGGACGAACUCGUCCCACAGCAGUAGCGAGAACACUGCUGUACCGGAGCCAUUGCCUGCUAGAAAUACCGACGGCGCAGGUGGAAGACCGCGGAGUCGAACCGUGGGCCACGAAGCUGCCCAGCUUCAGGCAGCGGUCCAGAACGCGAAGGAGAAGCAAGACAUUGCUGGCGAGGGUUUGGAGAACAGGAACGUUCUGCCGGACGGCAGAGUCGUCUUGACAGAAGAAGAGGCGUACUCGAAACUUGGCUUCAGCUUUCCGACGUGGAAGAAGUGGACGAUCCUCUCGGUUAUCUUUGCUAUCCAAUGCUCCAUGAACCUGAACUCGUCCCUCUACGCCAAUGCCGUCGGCCAACUCGCCACACACUUCAGUAUCAGUGAGCAGGCUGUCCGAGUCGGCCAGAUGGACUUCUUGAUCGCCUAUGCCUUCGGUAACGAGUUGUGGGCACCGUGGUCCGAAGAGCUCGGUCGGUGGCCCAUUCUCCAGCUCAGUCUAUUCCUUGUCAACAUCUGGCAGAUACCCUGUGCGCUCGCGCCUAACUUUGGCACCAUGGUCGUCUGCAGGCUGCUUGGCGGUCUUUCCUCCGCGGGUGGGUCUGUCACUCUCGGCAUGAUCGCCGACAUGUGGUCACCCGAAGAGCAACAGUUCGCGGUAGCGUUCAUCGUCUUCUCGUCAGUCGGCGGCUCCGUGCUCGGUCCCAUCUUCGGAGGUAUCAUCGAGACGCACCUUGACUGGCACUGGAACUUCUGGAUCCAGCUUAUCGUUGGCGUCACCGUCCAGGCGGUGCACUUCUUCUUUGUGCCGGAGACAUGCGCGAGGGUGUUGCUUGACCGCGAGGCCAAGCGGUUGAGGGAGUCAGGCGAGGACAACGUCUGGGGCCCCUCGGAGAUUGAGAAGAAUCGGUUCGCGCCGAGGAAGAUUCUUACCAUUUGGCUGCGUCCGUUCUCCAUGCUCCUCUUUGAGCCCAUCGUCCUCUUCCUGUCGCUCCUGAGUGGCUUCAGCGAUGCCCUCAUCUUCACCUUCCUCCAGUCCUUCUCGCCUGUGUUCGAGCAGUGGAACUUCAGCGUCGAGAUGCAAGGCGUUGCUUUCGUGACGAUUGCUAUUGGCUAUUGCAUCGCCUAUAUCUCGUUCAUUCCAUUCAUCUGGAAACAACGCAACCAGCUCCGCAAGGACCCGCACUCGCUCCAGCCCGAAGCCCGCCUCUAUUGGCUGCUGUACACUGCUCCUCUCGAGCCAAUUGGUCUCUUCGGCUUCGCUUGGACGAGCUUGGGCCCGGCCCACCACGUGCACUGGAUAGCGCCAAUGAUCUUCGCUGCAAUGAUCGCCAUUGCUAACUAUGCCAUCUAUAUGGCUACCAUCGACUACAUGAUCCAGGCGUACGGUCCAUACUCCGCAUCUGCUACCGGUGGGAACGGUUUCGCACGAGAUUUCCUCGCUGGUAUCGCCGCGAUGUACUCGGUUCCUCUGUACACGAACCUGGGGCCGUACUCGCUCGAGUGGGCGUCGACGCUUCUUGGUUGCAUCUCCGUCCUCGUCACGAUACCCAUCUUUGUCUUCUACUUCCACGGGCCCGCGAUCCGUGCGCGCUCCAAAUUCGCGCAGGAGAUCGGGCAGAAGCACGAGCACCUAGUCGCGGAGACCAAGCUGCCUACGGGGCAGGCAUAGUCGUCGUUGGUCGACACACACUGGCAUGGAGUCUUACGAUUUGAUGUGCUUACGACGCUCAUGAUGACUUGUGAUACGACCGUGU